AUGCCUGUUUCAUCAAAUAUUUUUUAUGAUCUUGAAAACCGUAAAAUCACACGUGAAAAGGCUUGGGAAGUUGAUGGUUGGGCAGAGACAGUUUAUAAAACUGUUCGGUUGGUUCAAAAAAUGGAAACAAACAUUUUAAAACCAUUGGAUUUUAGCCCAUUAAGAUAG